AACAUGUUUCCGAAUGGCAUGUGCUUAGAUCCUGCAACUCCACUAAAUCCAUUGUCUUAACGCCUUUGUUAUCCUAUGCAUGGAUAAUUCAUGCCACUUGCAAUCUUGACUUUUCUUCACAAUUCCAUACGCUGCUGAACCAGAGACUAACUAGUUGAGUAGUUGACGAGUCCUGCUCACAGGAGACAGCGAGUGUGUCAGACUGCAAAAUGAAUUAUCUUGUCAGCGUUAUUUUCACCAUUUGUCUCAAUAUUGCAUGUCUUUUUUUGCAGUUGAGCUCCAGUAUAGGGCAAGGUAUUUACAUACCAUAUGGUUCAGCCAAGCACGUCUUAUGAAGAGAAAGAUCAAAACAAACUGGCUGCUCUAAGCAGCUGCAGCCUGCUCAGCGACCAUGAUGUUGGCUUUAUCCGGAUCAGCUACAACGAGCAUGAUCCAGUCCUCAGUGGCCGUGACACUGUAGUCAUAGGCUGCUGCACGAAUUGUGAGGCUGAGCCACGAGUUGAUGAGGUACUCGGGGAUUUCUUCACCAUUCUGGCCGAAAUUGGUUUUGAGGAUAUUCCAUUUGGCCAGAACCCAAUCGGUGUGACGGUUGGUCCAGCCCUUGGGCACGGACACGCUGGUGGUGGGUGUAGCAAUAGGCAUUUUUGUGCGUUAUUUGUGUCUGUUGCUUGUGAGUAUUUGUUCUGUUUCAUGAGCUGCGUGAGGAGGAGAGGAAGAGAGAAGGAAAAAGAAGUGCAGAAUGUGAAGCCUGAGAUAGAGACCUGGAGGACUGGCUUUCGGAAUAGAGAAAAACUGAGAGGAAUUACUCACGAGUAACAAAGAGGUUUCUGGAAGGUUUCUUGAGAGAAGAGCAAGACUUUCGUGUGGCAGACAGAACCUGAAGCCCGUGGAAGAGCGUUGGAGUGUUGGGGAUGUAGAGGGGAGGUACGCAGGUUAAAGGUAAGGUAUGGAGUCUGAAGCUAAGGAUGUCUGAUGUUUGGUGUAUGAUGUCCAAUGU